CUGACGAUCCUGUACAGCCACGCGAACGCCGAGGAUCUGGGCCUGAGCCUGCCGUUCGCGGACGUGCUGAGCCGGUUCUGCGGCUGCGACGUGCUCGCCUACGAGUACCUGGGCUACUCCAUCUCGUCGGGCGAGCCGAGCGAGGCGGGCUGCCUCGAGUGCGUCGACGCGGCGCUCGCGUACCUGCUCGACGACUGCGGCCUGGAGCCGCACCGCGUCGUCGUCUACGGCCGGUCCAUCGGCAGCGGGCCCACCGUCGACGUCGCGUCGCGCACGUCGGGCCUCGGCGGCAUGAUCCUGCAGUCGCCCAUCGCGUCCGCGGGCCACGUCGUGCUGCCGGAGCAAAUGGCCAAGGCGCUCGCGGGCUUCGACCUCUUCAAGAACUACGAGAAGAUCAAGGACGUCACGUGCCGCACGCUCAUGAUCCACGGCCGCGCGGACACCAUGGUGCCCUUCGAGCACGCCCAGAUGCUCUUCCCGGAGCUGCGGAACCAGCACCCGCCCUUGUGGAUCGACGGCGCGGGCCAC